CACCCUCGGCGCUCUCACCAUGUCUUCCUCCACUGCCCGCCUCGACGUCGAGGCGACCAUCUUCAAGCGUCUGCAUCCGCACAUCUUUCUCUCUCGCUUCCUCGCCUCCACGCCCUCCAUCCGCGACGACGGCCGGUCGCCCUCUUCCUCGCGCGCCGUGUCUGCCGUGCUUGGCUCGCUCGCCUCGGCGCGCGGCUCCUGCCUCGUGCGCCUGGGACGCACCACCGUCGUCGCGGCCGUCAGCGCCGAGGUGGCACGUCCGCGAGACGAGGCGCCCGAAUGUGGCUUCGUGGUGCCGAGCAUCGACAUGAGCCCGCUCUGCUCGCCGCGCUUCAGGCCCGGCCCGCCGGGAGAGGAGGCGCAGGUGGUGCUGGAUCGCAUCAUGGCCGUGCUGGAUGCCUCUCCGCCAAUCGAUCUCUCCGCGCUCUGCAUCGAGUACGGCGAGGCCGUCUGGUGUCUCUACAUCGAUCUCGUCUGCAUCUCGUACGAUGGCAACGUCUUGGAUGCCUCUAUGCUCGCGAUCUGCGGCGCGCUUUCAGACGCGAAGAUUCCCGGCGCCAAGUGGGACGCCGAUGCCUCGCAGGUCAUCUGCUCGCCAAAUCCAACGGACGAACAGCGUCUGCACUUGCAAAGCCUGCCUCUCUCAUGCAGCUUCGGCGGAUACAAGGGCGCACAUCUCCUUGCAGACCCCACGGCUUUCGAGUCGGCACUGCUCGACUCCAGUCUCGUUCUCGCUCUCUCGUCGUCUUCUUCCGCCGGCGCCUCUGCCGACUCCGCUGCGCAAGCAAAGCUGGUGCUGCUUCAACAACAAGGCGUCUGCUCCACCAUCGCGCGCGCAGACGCCGAAGCUCCUGCCACGCACCCGGAGGGGACGCGACUGGACGAUGAGCAGACGCUCGAGUUCGCGCUGGGCAUUGCGAGGAGGAGGUAUGAGGUGCUCAGAGAGGCGCUCCGGGAGGCUUCGGAGGCGAAGGAGACACAAUGA